GUUGUUUGUGGUCUGAAGAAGUGCAGUCCAUUUUUCAUCUCUUGAAAUAAGAAUUUUGCAAGGGACUGGGAGAUCAUCGAGCAUGAAAGACAGCAGUUCAAGUCGUAACGACGCGCCAGAAGAAAAAUUUAAAGAGUACGAUGACCUUUUCCCUACCUUGGUCUCGCCUCUCGGUAGAUAUCAAAAAACCCUUUUCUUUUCGUCAUGUGCGCUGGUAAUGCUAACGUCCUGUCAGUUUGCUGCUUUGUUGUUUGUAUAUGGAACACCUAACUUUCAUUGCCAGUCAGACAAUUCUACCGCGUCAUUCUGUCCACCCAAUAAAUGCUGCGAUAACUGCACUAGUUACGUCUUUGAUGGGCCCUUCAGAAGUAUUGUGUCUGAGUGGAACCUGAUCUGUGACAAGGCAUACAUAGCUGCCACCCUCCAAGCAUGUUUCUUCGCUGGUAUGCUGGCAGGAGGGUCUGCUGCUGGCAUGAUUUCUGAUUCUUUUGGAAGGAGAAAGAGUACUUUUAUCUUCGUUGCUAUUCUGAUAAUCUCAGCCUCUGUCUCCGUGUUUGCUGACUGUAUUUCUCUUCAUGGUUUUCUUCGUUUUCUCAUGGGUUUUGGAGCCUGUGGAAAUCAAACGUCUCACUUCACGUUCGUGUUAGAGCUGUUGGGCCCAAAAUACCGUACUAUGGUAAGCGGUGUCUUCCAAGUGUACUUUGGGCUCGGCUACUUCAUWAUGUGCUUUGUUGCUUAUUUUAUACCCGACUGGAGGCCUGUGGUUUUAAUAACGAGUCUGCCUGGGUUACUGCUUUUCGCUUUCAUAAGAAUCUAUCCAGAGUCACCUCGAUGGCUUCUGAGCCAAAAUCGACUGGACGAGGCUCUCAAGAUUCUCAGUAAGUGUAGAGACUCAUYCGUAACAAAAACAGAACCAGGACAACUGAAACAAGCCUUAGAGGAUAUCAAGAAUGCACAGUUUGCGACUGAAAAAAUCAAAGAUGAAAAAAUCUACACUCCAUUAGAUCUUAUGCGGACUCCAAAGUUGAGAAGACGAAGUAUUAUUCUUGUAWUCAACUGGUUCUCGAUCAGUUUCCUUACUAACGCGUUGUUGCUAUACAUCGAUGAUUUGUCUGGCAACAUCUACCUUAAUUUUGYCAUCAUCAAUUCUCUCCAACCAAUCUCGGUGAUAAUUACAACGAUUUGCGCAAAAAGAUUUGGUCGUCGCUUGACCCAUUCUGGCAUAUUGCUCAUUACAGGACUGCUGUUUCUGGUCRCGCUUGCUGUGCCUAAUGACAAUUCGYUGACGAGGACUUGGAUCUUUGUUGCGAGUACAACAACUGCUGCAGGGCUGUGGAUCACUAUUUUUCUUAUCGGUACAGAACUGUUUCCUACUGUACUCAGAUCUACAGCYGUAGGUACAGGGUACACUAUUGGUCGUGUUGGGGCGAUACUCGCGCCUUACGUGGGCAUGAUUGCUCAACUGCCAGGACUUUCAGUAACACUUCCAUUGACAAUCUUUGGCGUAGUGGCAGUAACAACAUCCAUCUCUGCUCUCUGGUUACCAGAGACAUUAAACUCUACCAUGCAUCAGACAGUGGAAGAGGAAGAACGAGCCAAAGAGGACUACAGUCUGCCAUGCUGUGCAAGACCAAAACCUGAGGCAAAUGAUGUCAUCACGAACAGUCGUUUGAGUGAAGAAGAGAAUGACAAGCCAGAAGAGAUUACYAGUGUAUUGUAGAGUCUGCAGAAAAAAGACUAGCUUGCCACAAGUCUAGUUUACACACUAKUUUUAUUGUAAAGCAAUAUGCAUUGGGAAAGUCUUCAGUAGUUUAGUAGCACGCGAAGUAAGACGAAGGUUUGAAAUUUUAUUAAUUUUAUUAUUUUUAAGAUAACAGUUUUUUGUUUCGAUUCUGACAAGUUAUUGGUCUUCUCAAAAACAAAAUCUUUACCUGCCUUAAUGCCUUAAUCCUUUGCCUGCCUUACGGAACACUUACCCAUGAAAUACGAAUAUGGUUCGUUCAUSGUUUCAUUGCCUCUUCCCACGCUUUGUACACAUACACGCGYUUCACAUAUAUUCAUCAUCAUUCUGAUGAAGGCUAUCACAGGGCCGUAAUUAGGGGGGAGCACAGGGUGCACGUGCCCCCCUCCCAUAAAAGCUUAAGGUCCGCUCAUCCAUCUCCCUUWUUUUUGGUUCUGCUUUCYUAAAAGAAACGAUCAAUGGUCCGAUUUYAUUCGAUGUGCACCCUSCCUGUAAAAGUUCUAGUUACGGCCCUGUAUCACUAGUUAUAGUCGAAACGUCAUGUUUUUUAAAAACUACGCGUUUUAUCCGUAAUCUUACAUUUAAUAUGAUUGAUAAUGUAAAAGCAUUUGGUGACAGCUUAAUGCAGGUCAAGUGGUUCAAGAGUUUCCUGAUUUAUGCUAUAGACAUAUAAAUAGUACUAUAAAGCAACAGAAUACAAGACAUUUUUUUUACA